GCAUCACAACCACUUCCGGAGUUCCACAAGCAACUGUAAUUUGUAGACUCUCAGCAUGGCAGCCAAGUACGCCCUGAUCUUUGCCCUUGCGGCACUCUGCUGCCUCGUGGCCACCACAGAGGCGGCGGCACAACGCAGCCGCGUGCUCAGCACUCGUCGCGGCUCCGAGCUGGUCGAGCGGCAGUCCGACAAGGAGGAAACCGAGGUGGCUGCACAGCAGCAGGAGGUGCAGGAGCAGCAGCAGCCAGAGGAGGAGGAGGGCAGCGAGCUGGCUGGCCGCAGCGAGGACGAUGUCGCCCAAGCUGAGAACAAGCUGGAGACCGACCAGGAAAAGGACACCAUUGUGCGCCCCAACAAGGAUGAUGCCCGUGCCCGCCGCACUACUCGUCGCGGACGUCGCGGUGGUCGCAGGGGCGGUGGUCGUCGCGGAGGUCGUCGUCGUGGUGGACGCAGGCGUGCCGGACGUCGCUCUGGCAAACGCGUUGGACGCAGGCGCGGUGGUCGUCGUGGUGCUCGUGCCGGUGCUCGUCGCCGCUCCGUGAAGAGGCGCUCCGGCAAGACCAACCGCGGUUAAGCACACACACUCCGACACCAUCUGGACUUUGGAAUUUCCAUUAAAUAACAUGCCAAUUAUGACGAAGAAUAAACUAUAAAUAUUUAACUAAA